AUGGAAUUUCCAAAUCCAAAGUACGAUCUGAUCAUGGAUGAAGAUUUAAAAAAAAAUAAGUGGCCAAGUCAUUUAGACGGUAAAGACUCUGAUAUUAUUGCCCUUGAAGUUACAGGAAAACGUGAAUUUGAGAAGUACUGCAACCUGAAGACAAAAGGUGGCUGGUCAUUAGCACGAGCAAUCAACACAGGUGUUAUGAACCCUACAUCUUUGAUUGGUUGCCAUGCUGGGGAUGCUGAAUCCUACUCCCUUUUUGGAGAUGUUUUAUUUAACAAAGUGAUCAAACGAUACCAUGACGGAUAUAACGUCACUAAAAGGAAACAUGUUACAAACAUAAACGCCGACGAAAUAACUACAAAAUGGACGGCUCAUUCUAAAGAGCACAUACUAUCAUCUCGUGUAAGGGUUGCCAGAAACAUUGCUUCUUUUCCUCUGAAUCCAACUGGAUCAAAAGAAAGUCGACUUGCCAUUUGCGAUCUCAUGGAACGAUUAUUUCAAAAUCUACAAGGUGGACUAACGGGCAAGUUUUACCGACAUACAGAAAUGAGCAUCGAUGAGCAGCAAUAUCUUGUGGACAAGCACUACCUGUUCCGUGGAGGCGACAGAAUGCAGGCAGCGUCGGGGUAUCACCAGCACUGGCCUCAUGGGAGGGGAAUCUUUAUUUCAGACAGUGAACUAUUCUUAGUGUGGGUUAACGAAGGUGACCACUUGCGAAUUAUGUCGUUGGAAACCGGUGCUGAUAUUGAGGGUGUUUUUAGAAGAUUGUUCCGAGGAGUUAAGCAGCUUGAAGAGCAAAUUAAGAUUGAGUUAGCUGUGGAAUCUGCAUUUUGGUUUACGCCUUCUCAUGGUCAUUUAACGUGCUGUCCCUCGAAUCUAGGUACAGGAAUGCGAGCGUCUGUUCACAUUCUUUUACCAAAUGUUUUAAAACUGCUUUCAAAGGCAGAUUUGGAUAAGAUCGCGAGGAAAUAUUCGUGUCAAGUACGAGGAUCGUUUGGUGAACAUUCUAAGCUGAUUGAUCGACUAGAUAUUUCUAAUUGGAUACGAUUAGGACGAAGUGAAAUCGAACUGGUUCAAGAUAUGAUUCUUUGUGUGAACAACUUGAUUGAAUUGAAUGAGUAUAUAGUAGAUUCAAACGAAUCCAAAUAA